AUGGCUGAAGGAAUAAAGCUGAAAGUGGUGAUGUACCCAUGGCUGGCCAUGGGCCAUCUCACCACAUUCCUGCACUUAUCCAACAAAUUAGCAGAAAGAGGCCACCAAAUUUUCUUCAUCCUCCCUACCAAAACUCAGUUCAAAUUAAACCAAUUCAAUCUUCAUCCAGACCUCAUCAAAUUCAUACCAAUAACAAUCCCAAACGUCCAAGGCCUUCCUGAUGGCACCGAGACUACCUCAGAUGUACCUUUUCCCAUGUUUACACUUCUCAGACAUGCCAUGGAUCUCACUCAACCCGACAUUAAAACCAUCCUACAAAAACUGAAACCCCAUUUCGUGUUCUUCGAUUUCACGCAAUGGUUGCCUGCUCUAGCUCGACGAUUGAAGAUCAAAUCUAUUCUUUACUGCAUUAUAAGCCCUGCUUCUGUUGUCAUUGAUAUUAGGUACCUUUUUCGGAACGAAUCCGAAGCCGAAGCUUUCAUGGAGCCUCCACCAGAUUUUCCAUCACCCAAAAUAAAGCUUUACAAACACGAAGCCAGAAUGGUCGAAAAAAUCAACAACGAAAAAGAAUUUAGAAGUGAUAUGAAGUUUGUAGAGCGGAUGAUCAUGGCUGCUAACGAGUCGGAUGCCAUAGGUUUCAAGUCCUGCCGAGAAAUGGAAGGCUCGUACGCGGAGUUUGUCCAAAAAGAGUUGAAAAAACCGGUUCUUCUAGCUGGUCCGGUUCUGCCCGAGCCACCCACGUCAGCACUAGACGAUAAAUGGGCUAAUUGGUUAAGCCAAUUCAAGCCCAAGUCCGUUAUCUUCUGUGCCUUUGGCAGCGAGGCCCGACUUAGCGCAGCCCAAUUCCAUGAAUUGGUAUUGGGCUUAGAGGUUACGGGCCUCCCCUUUUUUGCAGCUCUGAAGCCGCCGAUUGGGGCGGAGACAGUUGAAGAGGCUCUGCCUAAUGGUUUUAUGGAGAGGAAUAAGGAAAGAGGGGUUGUGUAUGGCGGUUGGGUUCAACAACAGUUGAUUUUAAGUCAUCCUUGCGUAGGAUGUUUUGUGACGCAUUGUGGGUGGGGUUCUUUGUCGGAGGCUAUGGUGAAUGAGUGCCAAUUGGUGCUAAUGCCUCAUGUGGGUGACCAAAUUAUUAAUGCAAGAUUGAUGGGUGAGGAUUUGAGGGUUGGGGUGGAGGUCAAGAAAGGAGAAGAGGAUGGGUUAUUUACGAGGGAGAGUGUGGCCACGGCAAUCAAGUUGGUCAUGAUUGAUGACGGUGAGAUUGGGAGAGAGAUUAAGGCGAAUCGUGCUAAAUUGAGGGAUUUAAUGUUGAGGCAAGGCUUUGAGGAUUCUUAUGUUGAUGAUUUUAAAGUCCUGGGACCCAUUAUUUCAGAAAAUCAAAGUGUCUUUGUCCCUGGAAGGUUGAUUGAGAACAACAUUAUUUUGGCUUACGAACUUCUACAUUCCCUGUCUAAGAAAUAUACUGGUCGCACGGGGUGGAUGAUACUCAAACUUGACAUGAGUAAAGCUUAUGAUCGAGUAGUGGAAUUUACUGCAAGCAGUAAUGGAAAAGAAAGGGUGGGAGGGUCAAAAGAUGGAGUUAACAAACUAUCUUGGGGGAGAACUUCCAUUGAAAACAUAUUAAUUCAGAUGUUAAUUGUCCUAGAUGUGGGUGUUGGCAAUCAAAUAACCACACGGUGUGGUUGGUGGGGUGAGAUCUCAAAAUGGCGGGGGGAAACAUCCACAGUUAAGUCUUGUGAGCAUAUCAGAGGGCUGCAAGAAAUCAGACUUCAGGAUAGAAAUAUACUUUUAAAUGGUGGUCGUUUGAGUAAUAUUGACUUGAUGAUCAAUAAAGGCUUCAGAUGGGUGGAGGAAGAGGACUACGACAAGGCCCAAGUUGCACUAUUUGCGAUUCUAUUAGAAGCUUCGUAA